GGAUAUAAUUGGGCAUAAAUAUAGUCGGAAUAUUUUCACAGCAAGAUAUUUUCCGUGAUAUUAGAUCAUAUAUAUUUUUAUUUUGUGCAAUGUGCGUUCAAUUAUUUCGCCAAUCAACUUGAGGAAACCUUGGGUAAAAUACUCAAGCCAGUCAACUUUUCAUCUUAAACGCAGUAACACUGUUUGACUAGAGUACGAAGUACACGCAGGUAAGAAAAAUAAUGUUAACGUGUUAAUGGGAAAGCACUUAUCUUAUCCCCUAAUAUCCAAUCAAACGAUAUCAUUAUCUUUUGAAACUAAGAUUAAAUUGUCGUCAACAACAAGAGUACGUCGUUAAACUGUCAAGGGUCGAUGGUUUGAGCUGGCCCAAAAGUUAAAGUGACUUUAUCAUCUUCAACAUGUCAUAUGAAUUACACUGGAGGAACUGACCGAAUUGAGCCGAGACUGCAACAGUGGUAAAACUUCCUUUAGAGCUUUCAAAGCGGGUUCCGUCUAUGCUUUGUCUUCAAAUGAAGCUUAAGUGGGAGGGAAUGAAUCUCAGAUGAGACAAGAGGGAACUUUUUUUUUUAUCAGCUCGACUUUACCGGUAAUAUCAGUUUUUGUUUCUGAUAUCAAAUAUUUGAUUUAAGGAUACAGGUUAUGAUUAGAUAAACUGAGUUCAGUAACGUUUCUAUUAGUGAUGAAUCAACAGAUGUAGGUAUAAACCUCCGUGUUCUCCUUACCACAGCUGAUUCGUUGCCUUUACUCUAUCUUCAUUGUGGCCAAUGGUAAAACCGUGAAGAAAACAGUCUCAAAAUUAAACCAUGAUGAUAAUAUUACGUAAUGCCCUCCUAUUGGCGAUACCAUAAGAUUUCGUCCAAAGACUCGAGACCUAUAGAGGUGAACUAAAUUCUGUGUAACCCAGGCAUUUCAAGGAAAUGGCGCUAUAUAAAUAUAAAAUUAUUGUUAUAAUUGUUACUUUUAUUCCCUUCUUUUUUACCAAAAAAAAAAAAAUUAUUACUUAGUGUGCUUUAAAAAUAUUAACAUCUAAAAAUCAGCGUUGUAAUUUACAUUUCUAUGCCAUUACCACUCAAAUGCAGUAAAUUCCGAUUGACGAAGAAAUCGUUACUUUCACGUUUUAGUGCUCAGCCCUAAGAUAAUGGAACAAGCCAAUUCUGCAAAUUUCACCAUCGCUGCGUUGUUGGGUUCAGCCAGGCCUCAGCAAGCACUUAUUAGGGACACAGAUGUGUUUCAUGAGAGGCUUCACGAAGCACAGCGUAAUCGUCUUCAUUCACUGAUGGGAAGCGAUGAAGAAGAAGACCAGGAGUCUGCACAAAUCCCAGGUAACAUUUAAUUCUGUUUACAUUCUUUAGGAUUGACAAAUACUUAUAUGAAAAUAGCGCUUAACAACCCUGACUGUCCGCAUGUAACCUUGUAAAAAGUCGCCUUUUGGAGGCCAGUUUUCAUUUCUCCAGAGACGUAACUACAACUGAGGAACUCAGCGGCAUGUCAGUACGAGCUAUUACAACAAGUAGUUUGGCGAUUUGUUACCCAAAAAAUUACACCCGACGACGUCGCCACAAAUAACUGAUUUCUUUAAUUGUGUAGUAGGGAUUCAUUUAUUAAAGUGUACUAAACAUUUUGGUAGCUAACUAAACAUAUGUUUUUCAGUGAUCUUGACAGAACCGGUAGGCGAGGUUUUACAACGAAACACACCUUAUAAGAAAGAACCUAUUCUUGAAUUAUUAGGCUUUCUCAAAUCCAGCCAAUUUACCCAACUAAUAAUUUCUUUUUAUUUAUAUUACUUUAUAAUAUCAACUGAAAAGAAAUUUGUCUACGAAGAUACAGAGCGUAUUAUGUGUUUGUUGGAGAAAGUGCAGGAUUGAAGGUGUGGGGCCGAUGUAGUUUUAAAUUUGCUUUUUUUUAACCAAUGUCCCACUCACACCAAAUAAACUUGUUUAAUUAAAGCAGGUUUUAAAAAAUGAAAAACAUUCACUGAAAACUUUUACACAUAGGAUUCAAAUGAACUUAACCAUGCACAUAAUGCAGUUUUUCUAAAUUUGUAAUGGCCAAACGUCAGUAGCAGCUUUUACGAGGGAAAUUGUUCAGUUAAAACUGUGUUUAACUACACAGCUUUGUAACAUGUUUAAAUGGGGUAUAACACAGCAACAUGACUUAUGAAAAUACCUUGCAUUUAUAGCAACAUAUUUUUGAAAAAAUAACAAAAUAGCUUUGAUCAUGAAAACAUAAAUUUAAGUUCUGUAAUAAUAGCAACAAAAGAAAUCUCGACGCCGUUUUCUGAAGCCGUCAACUGCGGUUAUCGGUCUACAAUAACGGCUCUGAAAGUUAGAGUUACCGUUAUUAAUAACCGUAUUAUUGAACAGUAUUAUAUAAAAUUUUAAAGCUAUUCGGAAAAACUACAAAGAUUGGUAACUGCUACUGUUCUCCAAACCGUCCGUAUGAAAAGGGUGUGGUUGGAAGUGUUGGAAUGGCAUCUAUUUGUUAAAUUUUCUUUCAUCUCUAACUAAACUUUUAACCAGCAGCUUAGCUAUUUAAAAAGUUGAACUGUUUUUCUUUAUGAAUUAAGAGAUUUAUUAAUGUCUAGAAACCCAGUCAACGGUCCUGAAUUCUGUAAAUUAACAUCACGGUAUUUCCUUAGAAUACAUUUUAGCCCGAGUAUCACCCUUAAAACGAUUUCAGCAGGGACUUUUUACGACGGUCACCUAACAAUGUUCAAAUUCAUUUUAUCUCAGUGACUAAUAAUCGAGCAGUGGCAUCCAAAGGAGAAAACACUCGCGACUCAAAAACGGCAAGAAAGCCACCGAAAACAAGACGAAAGAGGACAGCAUUUACAAGUUUUCAGCUGAAAUGCCUGGAAGAAAAGUUUAUGAUGAACAAAUAUCUGACAAUUGCCGAGAGAGACAUGUUAGCAAAAUCACUUCAACUCAGUAACAAGCAAGUUAAAACUUGGUUUCAAAAUCGUCGAACAAAGUGGAAGCGAGAAAACGUUGGAGAAGCGAUACAUUUGGCUUAUGAAAUACAGAGAAGUGGUAUUGGACCUUACCACCCUCCUUGGGUUCCCUUAUGUCAUUGCCCACCCCCACCCCCACCAGUGUACAGAAUGAACACUAUGUACUCGUGUCCUACUCCAACUUUUAUUCCACCUCAUGGAACACCAUAAAUCAAAAUUAAAAUGCAUCUUUGGUUUUUGUCUAACAGUUGAGGCUUGAUUUAGCUGCAAUUGCAUUCUCACGGUACAGACAAGCCAAUGGCAAAGGAACUGGUUCUAUCAAUGAGGGCUAACCAGUUCAACUCCUGCACUUUCUCACGGUCAUAAAAUGUAAAUCAAGAGUUGCCCAUAUUUUGCAGAUAGCUAUUUGAAAACUGAAUGAUCCGGCUUUCCGAUUAAUAGCGUGAGAACCGUAGUCUAAAGAGGACAGAAUUUAGGGUGUUGUGAAAAAUAGCUAAUUAAUUACUGUCAGAACCUAAGCUCUUUUGCUCUGCCGCCAAUGUGGAUAUAAAAUCCAAUUGCACGAAACACAUACAUAGAAUGAGAAAUGUGCUUCUGUGUGUUCUCAGCUCAAUUAAUGUGGGAAAGUGGGUCUCAGUGUUAUUAAAUCAACGACCGAUAUGCUAUUUUCAUGGUUAGUGUUUGAAAAGUAGACCAACCCUUACAAUGGGGGAGACUGACUAUCGAACUUAGACUUAGAUAAUCGGUCGGCCAAGGGUUUGCAUGGGGUAUAGGUAUCUACUGAGCUCUUUUUAAUCGGGUAUACAGUUGUUUUUACAUUACUCAAACUCAGUUAAGUAAUGAAUUGGACUAAUGAUUUUUCGCAUGAGUGUGUUGGCGAAGGCACGAACGUAUGUAUAACUGUAGUCAUAUCAACUAGUUGC